GGUAAAUUGCUCAAAUGGCGAAAAUAUGUGUUGCACCAGCAAGGAACUGCACCUCUGGUGGUAGCAUUAUAUAUGUUCUCCUCAAGCUGUACAUUUUAUUUCCUUCUGUGUGAAAUUGAAUUAGGAUAUCUAGUUUCCUAACAUUUUGAAUAACACACGAAUCAGUCUUGGACCUCAAUUUUUUUAGUAAGAAGGGAAGCCUUGCAUGAACACACGAAUGGGACCUGCACGAACUUGCAAAAAAAUAAUAAUCGGUUAAAGGGCGGUAGAAAUAGAAUAGGAUGUUGCUAUCAAUUCAUUAAGUUCCUUGAACAUGUUCUACAAUAUUUUUAUCACUGGUGUAACCCUUCCUGUCAUUGUCUGUCUUUCAUUGUAACCCUUCCUGUCAUUGUCUGUCUUUCAUGCUCAGUGAGAAACGAUGUACUCCCUCUGUCCCGUAAUGUAGCAACGUUUUUCAAGCUGUUUUAGCUUGAAAAUGUUCUUAUAUUAUGGGACGGGGUCGUAUAUACAUCCGAUCUAGUAGUAUAGUAUUACAACAAACCAUUUGAUACGUUACGGACCAGUGCCAUGUCUGAACUCAUCAAUGAUUUGCCGUGGAGAACAUGCAACAAGUUGGUGACCAUAACUGAUCUAGCAGAAGAACUACUAUAUAAAGUAAGACCCUGCAGCCCUCUAACCACACAACACAAGCAAUAGAGGCAAACAAACCAGUACUGUUGUAGCAACCAAGAAGAAGAAGAAGAAGAGGGCGUUUACAGUUCAAGAGUGUUCAAAAGGUAAGAUGGCCACUGCAAAAGCUCUGGCCACCAUGGCAAUCUUCCUCCUGGUGGCGCUCUCCACCUCCCAUAUCGCGUCCUCGCUCCGCCCGAGUCUCGGUGUCUGCCGUGCGAGUGGCUACCUUCCAGGAAAGUCGGGCAACUGUGAGAAGAGCAAUGACCCUGACUGUUGUGAGGAUGGCAAGAGAUACCCGCAGUACCACUGCUCGCCGCCGGUCACCGCGACCACCAAGGCCGUCUUGACGCUCAACAGCUUCGAGAAGGGCAAGGACGGCGGCGGUCCAUCGGAGUGUGACAACGCCUACCAUAGUGACAAGGAGAUGGUAGUCGCGCUCUCCACCGGCUGGUUCAAGAACAUGGCCCGUUGCGGGCACCGCAUCAAGAUCACUGCCAAUGGCAACUCCGUGUAUGCCAAGGUGGUGGACGAGUGCGACUCCGUCUAUGGCUGCGACGACGACCACAACUACGAGCCCCCGUGUGCCAACAACAUCGUCGACGCAUCUCCUGCGGUGUGGAAUGCCGUGGGGCUCGACCAGAACGUCGGCAUGGAGGGCAUCACCUGGUCUGAUGACUGCCGUGCGAGUGGCUACCUUCCAGGAAAGUCGGGCAACUGUGAGAAGAGCAACGACCCUGACUGCUGCGAGGAUGGCAAGAGGUACCCGCAGUACCACUGCUCGCCGCCGGUCACAGCGACCACCAAGGCCGUCUUGACGCUCAAUAGCUUCGAAAAGGGCAAGGACGGCGGUGGUCCGUCAGAGUGUGACAACGCCUACCAUAGCGACAAGGAGAUGGUAGUCGCGCUCUCCACCGGCUGGUUCAAGAACAUGGCCCGUUGCGAGCACCGCAUCAAGAUCACCGCCAAUGGCAAGUUUGUGUAUGCCAAAGUGGUGGACGAGUGCGACUCCGUCUAUGGCUGUGACGAGGACCACAACUACGAGCCCCCAUGUGCCAACAACAUCGUCGACGCCUCUCCUGCGGUGUGGAAUGCCUUGGGGCUCGACCAGAAUGUCGGCAUGGAGGGCAUCACCUGGUCUGAUGAGUGA